AUGGUCAUCAAACACCUCUCGAUCAAGGAACGCAAUGCAAGGUCCAAGGUUGGACGGACGGAAGACUUCCAUGCCAACGGAGACAUCCGCGGCGAACGUACACCAACCUACCCAGCCCUAAUCUUCUACGCCUGGAACCUGCCAUUCAUCGCCAUAUGGCCAACCUGCGAUUCAAGAUCAGCACGGUUUAAGGUGCCUCCGAUUUAG